AGGAAUGUAAUUGGAAAUUUCUGACGAAACUUCCAUAAAAUAUUGGAAAAAUGCUGUGUUAAUAAGUGGUUUUCUGUACAAGUUUUCUCAGUCUUUAUUCUAGAAGUUUCUCUGGUUAAUGAGUGAUCUUCCAUACAAACUUUCUCACUCUCAGUCCUCAUUUUUAGGAGCUUCCCUUACUAAACCGAUAAACUGUCUUUUCAGGGCACUAUGGGUGUUAGAAAGCAUGUGGGUAGUAGUUGUUCCAGCGCUAUGCGCUUUAAGUAGCAUCACUGUGUACAAACAAACAAAGUCUCCAUUUUGCUCUGUCAUGUCUUCAAUUGCAUGUGGAGUGAUCUGGCUGACAACAAGAUAUUUCAUUCUUGGCAGAGUCCCAACGUUAUUAUCUCCCCCAUUCAAAGAGUGCCUGUCAGUAGUGCGUGUGCUCCUUCAUAGAAUAAACUCUAAACUUAUCAAAAAGUAUGGUCACAGAUAUCCCCUUAUUGUUAACCUUGGACUACUGACCAGAUUCACCAUGACUCGCAGUUUCCACCAAGUGACUGAGAAAGUUAUUGACAGAAAAUUAGCUGAAAAGCUAUCGAGAUACAUGGACUUUGCUGCUGCAUCUUAUGGAGUAUUAUUUUAUCCAAGCCAUGCCAAGUCUUCCUUCAAAAGUUUCUUCAACUCUGACAGCAUCGAGUCCUACAGUAUUGGAGCACUAACCAACAAAGUAUCCGUCAAUGUUAUCUCCCAAAUGACGGGAGUUUCUCCUGAAAGUAUUGUAGUGACACAGUUAAUAGGAGAAAGUCCUCUAAAGCCAGGCUACUACAUCUGUAUAGACGACGAGACAAGAUCAGUUGUUCUGGUGAUACGAGGUACUCUGACUCUGUCAGAUGCGUUUACUGAUAUUGCGUGUCUGAGUAAGGAGUUUGCUGGUGGGUGGGCUCACCAUGGCAUCAGUGUAGGUGCGGAGUCUAUAUUUAACGAAACUAAAGGUCUGCUGGAGAGCAUGCUCAGACAGACAGGAUAUGAUCUGGUGCUCUGUGGACACAGCCUGGGCGCAGGAACUGCUGUGUUGUUAACAUUACACAUACUAUCUAAGAAAGAGACAUUGGGCGAGUCCCCCCUAUCAAAGUGCAAGGUUACUUGUUACGCUUAUGCUCCACCGCCCGUCUUCAACUAUUACGGUUCAGAACGCGAUAAUAAAUGGAGCGACCACGUGGUGACAGUGAUUAACGGGAUGGAUAUUAUACCAAGAGCUUCACUAGCAAAUAUGUUCUGUCUUGUUAUGCAGUUACAAUACAUAGAGAUGUUACCUCUAUCAUUCUGGGAACGAUGCAGUCUGAUUAUAGACAAGAAAACUGAGCAUUUGGAGAAACUCAUGGUGGGAAUGGAGGACUUUCUUAGAGAUAGCAUAGAAAAUAGUGAAGAAGUAUUCCGCCCCCUUUUCCACGUGGGAAAAGUCCUCUGGGUUGACAAGGUCACAGUGUCCGAUAAAACCAUCUUAGAAGAUGAGCCAUCAUGUUCAAUAUUAGACCAGAUACCUAACGGCUUGGUUUGCAAUGGUAACCCUGGUCAUGCUGAUGAUGAUUUCCACCAAGCUCCCUCGGAGAAAACAUCCCCAAAUUCACCCACAGAUUCAUCAGAUGAUAACAGUGAGAAAUCACCUUCAGUGGCUAGACCUGUUGUAUUGCAAGAGGAGCCUUUUGAGUGGCAAAGAACACAUAUUGGACAUAGACUAAUCGCUGAUCAUUGGCCUCAUGAGUAUCAAAAAACGCUGAAGUUAUUCCUAGAGGCAGAGUCUUCACCUACAUCGUGACGUCAUCUCACACCACGUGACGUCAUCAUACAUCACGUGACGUCAUCAUACAUCACGUGACGUCAUCAAAUAGUUCGACCGCCCUUGCAGCAUCUCUGCUGCCUCAUUCAUACUCCAGCUAGCAAAUAAUUUCCAUUAGGAGAUUAGAGCAGCUGUAAUUGCUCGCAGAUGUUGAGCUUAGUCAAAUUAAAUAGAAAUUUAUCUUUAGGCGAUAAUAUUUUGAUUUUCACGUGAAUUUUGUUAAAUUAUAAUAUAGAGCUCUAGACAGGUAAAUAAGUAAUUUAUUUUAUAAGUAACCAUUUUUACCUGAAAUUUAUUAUUUGUAGAAUUUAUGUGUUUAGCAUAAUAGGUACCUACGUCCUACGCUUUUAUUGGUCUGGAUACUGGUGUGGAGGUGAACUAUAUUUUCACUGCCACGUGACUAGUCACGUGUCAAAUCUCAUAUGGUCACGUGUCAAAAGUGAUAUGGUCACGUGUCAAACGUGAUAUAGUCACGUGUCAAAAGUGAUAUAGUUAGACCAUCCCUCCAGUUCCAGAUCUAUUGCUAGAAAUAUUGUGACUGAUUGUUAAGCCACUUUGGAUUGUGUACGGUUGCUUUGGUUAUUUCAAAGCUAUAUUUAAAGUUAGUUUAAAUGUAUGAAAAAUUCUAGUAUAUGUGUACUUAAUUUUCUUUGUUGCUAUUCAUAAUUUAUUACUCAUGAUUAAUUGUAAUUUUUUCCUUACAUUUCAUCCUA